GCAAUGUCAUUGUUGUGUAUCUGUGUGCGCAUGCUUGCUUGAAGCUCUAUAAAUAUUGAAGCACUGAAUAAAUACGUCCAAAUCCCUAGUCAACAUAGUAACCAUGUUGGGGUCAGUGGUGCUACUGUGUGUCUUCUUUCUCCUCCUCUUUCUCAUUAGGGUUCGCAGGCCUGUCGGCUUCCCGCCCGGACCGUGUCCGCUGCCGUUCAUAGGCAAUAUUCUGCAGCUGAGUGCCACGAAUCCUCUGAAAGACCUGGAGAGGCUCUCACAGCGCUAUGGCAAGAUCUUCAGCCUCUACUUGGGUUCGGGGCCUGUUGUGGUGUUAACGGGCACAGAGACCAUCCGUGAAGCACUGGUUACACGCGCCGCUGAGUUUUCUGGACGCCCAGAUAACCUCAUGAUUAGCCACAUAACAAAGGGCAAAGGGGUCAUCUUAGCAGACUAUGGUCCAAGCUGGAAGGAGCACAGACGGUUUGCUCUGUUUACGCUGAGGAACUUUGGUCUCGGGAAACGCUCCAUGGAAGAACGUAUCCUAGAAGAAAUCUCCCAUAUCAGCGCUGAGCUGGAGUCACAUGAUGGACAAUCCAUGGACCCUCAGGUUUUGUUCCACCAAGCUGCAUCCAACAUCAUCUGCUCUCUGAUAUUUGGCGAGAGAUUUGAGUGGAAAGACCCCGUCUUCAUCACCUUGAUCAAGGGGAUGCAGGAACUGACCGCUCUGGCCAUUGGACCCUGGGCCACGCUCUAUGAGAUCUGUCCUGCCCUGAGGAACCUGCCCCUCCCCUUCAGACGAGCAUUCACCAUCUACAACAGUGUCAAAGAACACACCCAGAAGGUUGUGUUGGAACACAAGAAGUCCAGGGUUCCGGGCAAGCCCAGAGACCUCAUUGACUGCUACUUAGACCAGCUGGAUAAGACAGCGAAUGAAGACUCAACAUUUGAUGAGACACAGAUGAUAAUAUUGCUGCUUGACCUGUUUAUAGCCGGGACAGACACCACCUCCACCACCUUUCGCAGUCUCAUGAUACAGCUCAUGAACAACCAAAACAUACAGGAGCGCUGUCAUCGGGAGAUAGAGGCGGUGAUGGAAGGGCGGCCACACCCCUCCUACGAGGAUCGGAGCGCCAUGCCGUACGUCCAGGCCGUGAUCCAUGAGUCACAGCGCUUUGGUGACAUUGUGCCACUCAGUGUGUUCCACUGCACCACCUGCAACACCCAACUGCAGGGGUUUGAGCUGCCCAAGGGUACAACAGUAAUCCCUAACUUAUCCUCAGCGCUGCAUGAAGAGAGCCAGUGGAAGUUCCCUCACGAGUUCAACCCUGAAAACUUCCUCAAUGAAGACGGGGAGUUUGUAAAGCCAGAUGCCUUCAUGCCUUUCUCAAUUGGUCCACGCGUGUGUCUAGGCGAGGGUCUGGCACGCAUGGAGCUGUUCCUCAUCACGGUGACCUUGCUCCGUCAGUUCCAGUUUGUCUGGCCCAAGGAUCAAGACCCCCUGGACCCCAGUACUAUCUUUGGGGCAGUGCAGUCCCCUAAGCCCUACCACAUGGGGGUGUGUUUCAGGAAAAGCCAGAGAGGGUGAAGUGUUUUAGAGGUGGAGAACUUGUACUUGUAAUGCUGCUACCCAGAUUGUUCUGUUUGAUCCAGACUUUCUGUUAUGAAGAAAAGAUCAGUUGUGUGUCACAGGAUUUUUAGUUGCAGUUAAUAAAACUGGAUUAUUGACAGAAUAAAGAUACUAGAUU